AUGAUGCUCACCAGCUUAUGGAGGCGACCAGUGGCCUCUGUGAUCAUAUCCAGUGCUCUUGGUCGACUGAGCAAACCCCCGCAACUCCCGAUAUCUGUCACGAAUGUUCUGAGGCAGCGCAGCUACGCGAAUGAUCACGCAGCCUCCGGAGCAAAGAAAGAAAAGAAGAAGAAGAAGAAGAAGAGAAAGAAGAGCGGGGCGGUAGAGGUCAAGCCUGAACAGACAACAUUAUCGAUGAUAUUAGCCGAGACGAAUGCCCUGCUAGAGAAGCUGAACGGAGUCAAAGCUGUAUCAGUUGAAGCUCCCCCAAGUGACGCGACAGAAGAACAAAGCCCUACCUUAUCAGCCGAGCAAGAAGCCCUGGUCUCACUAGCAUUAGAAGGCCACAACAUAUUCUAUACAGGCUCAGCCGGCUGUGGAAAGUCUACAGUUUUGAAAGCCAUUCGAGAUCGCUUCGAAGCAAGGGGCGAGUAUGUCCAUGUUUUGGCCCCAACAGGCAAGGUGGCGCUCGCCAACGGAGGCAGAACAACAUGGUCGUUUGCUGGCUGGACGCCCAACUCGCAUAAAAUGAGCUUAUACGAGUUAACAAAUCCUGAUUCUCGACGAAACAUUCCGUUAUUCCGGCGGCUGGACAAAAGCUGCGACAUUGACUUCUACGACAAGGAAGACAAAUGGGCUUUUAAAAGCAAAGCGUGGCAAGAAUGCAACUUUCGCUACGUCUACCUUGCCACCGUCUACAGACAGAAAGAUCCCGCCUUUAUUGAUUUGCUACAAAAGUGUCGGCUCGGAUUGCAGCUUAAUGACGCUGACUUGAAGCUUUUGACAAGCUCAGACGACAAAACGGACAACCACCCAGUGAAGCUUUUCCCGACGCGAGCAGAGGUACGAGAGGUCAAUGAUGCAGAGUAUCGGCGUCUACAUGCUCCUCCGCAGGUAUACAAAAGCGUGGAUAUAUCUUUGUGGAACAAAAAGAAACACCGUUACUUGGAAGACAAGCAAGAAAGAGCUGGCGAUGGCUCUCUGAAAGCACUGAGCGACCAUAAUUUUGAAGUCGAACUUCACCUGAAAGAAGGCAUGCAAGUAUUGUUGCUGCAUAAUAUUGAUCUUGGCAGAGGAUUAUGCAAUGGCGCUCAAGGGCAAAUUAUUGGUUUUGAGUCCUUUGGGGAGAUUCCACCUGAGAUCCCUCUGUAUGAAGAAGAUCUACCCGUAUAUAUGUCAGCAGCCCAUGAACAGAAGGAAGCGAUUGAGAAAUUCAUGCGCAAAUGCCACGAUGCCAAAGGUUGGCCAAUUGUCAAGUUCCACAAUGGCAUAGUCAAGACCAUCUAUCCCGUUUGCCAACCUCUGCUUCUAGGAGAAGAACGCCCGUAUUCGCUCAUUGGCAGGAUGCAGAUCCCACUUACCGCUGCCUGGGCUUUAAGCAUUCACAAAUCUCAGGGAAUGACGUUGGACAGCGCUGUGGUGAGUAUAGGGAAAGCUUUUGAAGAAGGCCAGAUCUAUGUAGCUCUGUCGAGGGUGAAGACCUUGGCGGGAUUGAAGGUGGAGGGUAAUUUGUCCCCGUUACGGGAGUUUAAAGGAGAUAGAGUGGUGCAAGAGUGGCUAAAGAAGACAUUUGGAGAGAAACUUGUGAUGGGAAAAGAGGAUUGA